CCGACUGGAGUCCAGUGAUAACGUGCACAUCCUCCAGAAACUCUGUACUUCGGGGCUACAAACUGACAGUGACCUUCACCCUUGCGCCAGCCCGUUUCCGCUUUGGGAAGUUUGAUGUGUCUUUGUACACGAUGUCCAGCUUACAUAACCCACUGAAGACGUGUAUACUGGACACGGAGAGGCCAACACCGUGUAACAAGAUUCCGGACCUGGCCAGAAACAAUGCAACGUCCGGAUCCGUUACCUUUGGCGAAAUCAGACCAGAUCACUAUAUGGUGGAGGUCCAGGCGAUUGAUCCGUACUGGCAGUGGGACGACAGCGCCCUUUGCUUCAGUGUCCAACCUUCUGGCAGGAGACUUAGAAAGGAAUGCUUGAGAACACGCCUGAAGGGAAUCAAGAUUGGUGGCAAUACUGAUGACGUUGCUCUCGGUGAUGACGGAACAUCUAGACAGCUGACAUCUUCAUCUUCCCUGACCACCAGUAAGUAGACAGUUAGGGGAGCC